AAAGUUGCAGAGAAUACUGUAUGGAAAAUGAUGAGAGCAAACAGCAAUGACUGGUGUCACUGAUGAGUAUGGUGAUAAAGCAAAAUUCUCUCUUCCCAAAAACACGGUAACAAUUGAUGAAUUGGAGAAGCAGAUUGAAUAUAUGGAUAAAAUAAUAUUUGCUGCCAUAAACAAAAGAGUCUUGCGGAUCAACGAAGAGUUAAAAAAGAAAUACAAUCACAAGAACAUCUUAAUAGACAUCCCCAAAGGAGCACACGUAAUGGUCAGAUUACCACAUCGUCCAAAUAAAUUGGCACCAAUCUAUGAAGGUCCUUAUACAGUGGUUCGAAGAAAUAAAGGAGAAUUGUAUGAACUAAAGGAUGAGCAAGGAGAAUUAUUGCACCAAAAUUACACACCCUCAGAACUCAAGAUGGUUACUAUCGAUGAAUCUACAAUUGAGAAUGAGCUCUAUGAAGUUGAAGACAUUCGCGAUCAUCAUGGUGCUGCUGGUGAAAGAGAAUAUCAAUCCCACAAUAAUACAAAAGUAUUGGAAGAAGGUCAGAGAAAUCGAACGUUUAGAGAAUGAGAGAGCCACGGAAUUAGUGAAUAAGAGUGCAGCCUCAUUAAAGAAAAUAGUUCAAAUUCCAAGUCAUAAUGGUAAAAUAAGAAGGAAUCGCAUUGAAGAGCACAAUGGAAGUAAGCUUCCUACCGCACUGAGUAGAGAAGAAAGAAUG